GGGUUGGGCAAAAGAUAAAAGCUCCGUGAGGAAACGGGGCUCCUCCUCUCCCCCCGCGCCUUGCCAUUUAAAUGUCUGCACGCAGGCUGAGCCCACACUGCCCUGCAGCCUCCUCGGCAGCCCCAGCACCCGGCGUGAUGCCCACGCAGGGGGACGCAGGGGAUGGGUGUUAGCCCCCGGCCCGCAGCGGCUCGGCCCUGAGCAGUGCUCGCAGCAGCCCCACGGGAGGACCAUGCGAGGGCACCGGGGGCUGUGAGCAUCCAUCCCUCCAUCCAUCCAUCCGUCGGGGUGGAUGGACCCCCUGCGGCCAGCCCCCCCAUGUCGGCCUCGCUGCUGCUCUGGGCCGUCCUCCUCCACUGGGCCUCCGGCGGGGGCCUUGCCCGGGGCGGCAGGACGUGGCAGCACUGCACAGACCUGCGCCCGCUGGACAUCCUCUCGGAGGUGGUGCCGGCCGGCGGCCUGGCCCGCGGCCUGCGGGUGUUCCAAGUGCAGGGGGUGCGCGGCCUCCAGCUCGCUGCCGCCUGGCCCCGGGCCUUGGGCUUCCCCGCCUCGCGCCUCUUCGUCCACUGCGACCGCUUCCCUGAGGAGUUCUCCAUUAUCGUCACCCUGAGAGUCCUCGACGUCCCCGCCAAGAGGAACGAGUACAUCUUCACCCUCAUGGCCGAGGAGAGCCCCAGCGUGCUGGUGGGGCUCCGCUACGCGCCCAGCAAGCUCCACUUCCUCUUCUGGAGCCAGGAGCGCUCCAGCGGCUGGCAGACCCGUGUCACCUUCCGCAACAUCUCCCUGGCGGACAGCCGCUGGCACACGCUCGUCCUGGCCGUCUCCGGCCAGUCCUUCUCGCUGACGGUGGACUGCAGCAGCCCCAAGGACGUGGUGCUGGAGACGCCAUUUCCAGCUUCUCUGUCUGUGAAGAGAGCCAGAUUUUACCUGGGCAACAGGAGGAGAAGGAAAGGCUUGUUCACGGGUCUGCUGAGGCAGCUCGUCCUGCUGCCAGGAGCUGACGCCACCCCUCGGAUAUGCCCGGCUGUGAAUUUUGAAGCAGCCACACUCUCCAUCCCCGCUGUUCUCCAGGACGUGCCGGUGAAGUCAGCGAGCAACGAGGUGCUGAAGUACCCCUACGAGACUGACAUGAAAGUGACCCUGGGGUCCCGUCCACCCUGCACCAAGCAGGAGAAGGCGCAGUUCUGGUUCAACGCCCCCCGGAGAGGGCUGUACCUCUGUGAUGGCAGCACCUGGAUUUCCAUGCUGGAAGCCAAACAGCGGCUGGACUAUGUGGAGGAGCACCAGAGCCUGGUGACCAACUCGGAGACAAUGGGCAUCGAGGUCUUCACCAUCCCAAAAGUAGGACUCUUUGCAGCCACUGCCAACCGGUACACCCCCCCGGGGUCAGCCGUCUACAAGUGGACUGAUGGGAAGUUUGUGCCCUACCAGAACAUCCCCACCUACCAAGCUCAGUCCUGGAAGUAUUUCACCAUAGGGAAAAAGAUCUUCCUAGCAGUGGCUAAUUUUGAGCAGAACGACAGGGGUCAGGAGUUUUCUGUAAUAUACAAGUGGAGCCACAGGAAGGAGAAAUUCAUCACCCAUCAGAGGAUCACCACGCACAGCGCUAGGGACUGGGAGGCGUUUGUCAUUGAGGGAGAGGCUUUCCUCGCGGUGGUCAACCACAGAGAAGGGAAUAACCACAACAUAGACAGUGUGAUAUACAGGUGGAACCCCCGGACCGGGCUCUUUGAAACCAACCAGACCAUCCCUACCUCUGGUGCCUACGACUGGGAAUUUUUCACCAUUGGGCCAUAUUCCUUCCUGGCCGUGGCCAACACGUUUAAUGGCACAUCCACGAAGAUCUACUCACACAUCUACAUCUGGCUCCAUGGCUCUUUCCAGCUCUUCCAGUCUAUUCUGACCUUUGGUGCUGCUGACUGGGAGGUCUUUCAUAUCGGGGACAGAGUCUUCCUGGCUGUCGCCAACAGCCACAGCUACGACAGCGGGAUGCCAGUGCCCUCUAAUUUCUAUGCCAUCAACUCCUCCAUCUAUGAGCUGAACGUCACGGCCCAGAUGUUUGUCAAAUUCCAGGAUCUCCUCACCUACAGCGCCCUGGACUGGGAGUUCUUCUCGAUGGGUGACGACUCCUUUCUGGUGGUAGCAAACUCCUUCGAUGGCUUCACCUUCUCUGUUAACAGUAUUAUCUACAGGUGGCAAGGCUAUGAAGGCUUCGUAGCAGUUCACCACCUUCCCACCGUUGGCUGUAGAGACUGGGAGGCGUUUAACACCACCGAGGGCUCCUACCUCAUCUACUCCAGUGCCAAGGAGCCACUUUCCAAGGUGCUGAAGCUGAAAACCACAUGAGGUGGCCGAGGCGUACUCAGCUCCUUGCCGGGACUGGGACGAGCAAGGGCGUGGAAGUGGGAAGACCCCAGCCUGGGACAGACGAAGCCCAGGGACAACUGCAGCAUCCACCCGGGGACGGCUGGCUGUGCGUGCCGCAGGGCAGAGAGGAGGACAGGAGCUGCCGGGCUCAGCAGCCUCCAGCCAGGAGGGUCCCAGAGCCCUGCUGUCACUUCCAGAGCUCGUGCAAAGCCAGGGAAGAAAAAGCCUGAGCAGAGCGUGUGCUCUUGGGUCGGGCAUGUGGCAGCGGGGAGGAAACAACAUGGGAGAAGGUGGGAAUAAGUUGGCUUCAGCUUGGCUCUGGCUGCCUGACACCAGGGGCCCCAAAGCUGGCGAGGAUCCCAUGGCCCCACAUAGCACGCUGUGCCUCGUGCCUGGGCUGUCUCUGGGGGUCCCUCUCUGCACCACCGCCUGCUGACCCUCCCCUCCACCGUGGCUGCUCUCGGUUGUCCUUGCUGAGAGGCGUGUGUGUAUUGUACAAACCCACGGACCCGCUGCACAGCUGCAGCUGGCAGGCAGAGGCAUUUGUCACGGCCGGCAUUGCCUAGGUGGCAGGGCAGGCGCGCUCCUGGGCACUCAUCCCGAGAGUUUUGUGGGUGUGUGUCGGCGUGUUGCUGGCCUCCACCGCCUUGUCUGGUCCUUACACCCCUGUGUGCAGGGUUAGGGAUGCUUUUCCUCGCCUUUAUCUGGGGUGAUCUAUUGCUUAACUGGGGCUCCAAUAAACUGCGUGCACCCCUCCAUGAAAGCUGCAGGAAGUCGAGCUGCUCUGCCCACAACGGGGGCUCCUCCUUUGGUCCCUAAAACCCCUCCAGGUAUCCUCGGUUUUGAUUUAAGGUUAAUUGCACGCAGACAUAGAGCUGCAGUGAUUACAAAACGCCUCCCUCCCACCCGCAGCUCUGCACACCCCACCCAGACACACACGGGGUGCUGCAGGAUGGGGGUGUCGAGACGGGCACCACCUGGGAGCCUCUGCCCCUGCUUCCAGCUUCAACGUGGGAUGUGGUGGUUUGCAGCUCUGAGUUCCCAUCUCAGCAAUGCCAAGUGUUAGAAAAGUGGUGAGUCAAGACUCCUGAGAUCAUCAGGCUGGCUUAAUCACCACCGGGUUUUUAAAUAACAAGACCUGGAGUUCUUUUACCAUCUGGUCCAUGAGCUGGCACAAGUCACGUUUCCAAGGGUUUUGCCAAAGCAGGGAUUUAGAGAUGACUUUGUGUUUUAAGGGAAGCAAAGAGUUUGCUUUAACAGCCCAGCUGUGGGAGCUGGAGCUUAGAAAGGAGCCACUGAAUAUCUCUGUAAGGGGCAGAAGUAGUGGGGGAAUCCCAAAGGUGCCCCCAGUCCUGCUGGGGGUGAGGCAGGUGGACCUUCUUCCCUCCACUAUUUGGUGCUCAUCCAUGAAUCCCUUCUCCCACUCUCGGUGGUGGGGGGACACCAGGGGCAGAUACUGAGCAGGCUGUGUUGCAGCCUUGGCACACAGCUUUCUUCCCAACAGCUCCUCUUUUUUAUUCCAAACAUGACGAGACAUCCGUGUGGCCAGCAUUGUGGGCGAGUCUGCGAGUGAAUUGG